AUGCUGAUCGAUUCACCUCUUGCUAGCCAAUAUCACCCUGGUCGCGGCCUAUCUCCGGCUUUUCUCCUCACGUCUGGAAUCGACUUAAUGAGAUGGCUCAGCAGUCUGCACCUCGAGCAAGAGGUGGUCGUCGUGGCGGCAGCCAAGGCCAACCCAGAACAGCCUGGUUACACCAAGACCAAGGAGAGCAACAUCGUCCGGAUAGAGCACAGCCACCAUCUCGUGGGAGAAGCCGUGCUCCGAACCCACCAAGAUCGCAAUAUCCGCCAGAGUCCCAACCCCAGUACUUCAAUAAUACGCGCCACGGCUCUCCCAGGGAGUAUCAAGAACGUGCAAGGGGUCACAACCAUCGAGGUUCGCGCUCCUUCGUUUGCAAACCCAGCCGCGUCAUACUCAAACAGCCGACCUCAAACCCACCAACACGGGCAGCUCUACAACCCUAACGAUGGCAUGCACUCCAAUACAGGUCAACAACAGCGCUCCAUGAGACAUUCGAUCUUGAUGCAAGCGGACUACCUCACCAGCGUCGGUAGAAAGGCAUAUGAGGAACACAAAUUUGAACAAGAGGAGAGAGACGCCAAGGAGAAUUUCCGACGCACUUUGGAAAGUAUUGCAAAACAAGCACUGGGUUCCGAAUACCCAGACUUGCAGCAAGACCAGAUCAGACUGAGGUGCUAUGGCAGUCUUGCCAACGGCUUCGCCCUUGCAGGAUCCGACAUGGAUCUCCUUCUAUCGUUGCCCUCCAACAAAGAACCAGAAACUGAAGCCAACCUGAAGCCCACAAGUGAAUCCAAAAACGCAUCGGAUAAUGAAGAGCAAGAACAGGCCUUCAAGAUUGACACUGGUCGCAUCUUGGAGAAAGCCUUUCUUGACCGCGAGUAUGGAGCCCGGCUGAUUACUCAAACGCGUGUUCCGAUCCUUCGCAUCUGUCAGAAUCCAACCCCAGAGCUACUUCGCAAUCUGCGCGAGAACAGCAUCGCGUGGGAGGGCUCUCGUGGCGAUUCAGGUGUUGUCGAGUCCGACGUCCCAAUGGCAGACGAGCCCUCAAAAGAGAUGGACUCGGUUGAGCAGGCCUUGACCGACCUCAAUCUUGGAGAGAUUGCACCUGCGAGGCAAAUUCGCCGUGGUAAUGCUGGUCUAGAGUUCAGCGAUAAUUGUGGCAUUCAGUGUGACAUCAACUUCUCCAACUUCGUGGCUCUUCACAACUCGGCCAUGCUUCGACUCUACCAGAGUUUCGAUCCGCGAGUCAGAGAAGUGGGUGUCUUUGUAAAGAUCUGGGCCAAGACUAGGGACAUCAACACUCCAUAUCGCGGCACUCUAUCAAGCUAUGGUUGGAUUCUGAUGGUUCUUCACUACUUGAUGAACGUUGCGAGGCCACCCGUCAUCCCCAAUCUACAGCAUCUCGCCAAGGUUGACGACUCAUGGCAUCCAGAUAGACCAAUCGAAUUGUUCGAGGGGUUUGAUGUCCGCUUUGUCCAAGACCCCCAAAGUCUGAAGGAAAUUCGGGAAGACAUGGCUGCAAACCCAAAUAGAGAGUCGGCAGGCCAGUUGCUGAGGGGCUUCUUCCAGUACUACGCAACCUAUCAAGGCUUCCAUUGGACUCGGGAUGUUAUCUCGAUCAGAACAAAAGGUGGUCUCAUGUCUAAGCAAGCCAAAGGCUGGACUGAGGCGAAAUGGCAGCAGACACAGCAUAAAUCAGUCCGACUUCGUUAUCUGUUGGCGAUCGAGGACCCUUUUGAGGUUGAACACAACGUCGCGCGCACUGUCGGACACCAUGGCAUAAUCGCUAUCCGAGACGAGUUUCGCCGAGCGUGGUCAAUUAUCAACACAAUUGGUACGGAUCGGGAGACCCCUGCAGAGGAUUUUCUCGCUCCUGUCACGGAGCGGGUUGACACGCUGAGAAAAGACUUGGAGUCCCGCAAGGAAAGACAAAUGCAAAUGAGACAGGAAUUGGAGGCUAAGGAGAAAGCAUUGCUUCGGAAACGGAAUGAGGAAUUCCCGGAUCCACUUACAGAUGGUACGUUGGGAGUUUCCAGUCCAGGGAAACCCGAGACCCAUUUAUCUGAAGAGAGCAAGCGCUGGUCAACAAAGUCGAAGCUGACAUCGACAACCUAUCACCAGGACAGGAACCUCAGAUUCAAACCAGAGAGCUGGCGACACAGAAGGGUAUUAGUCGAAAGUGACGACGAAGAAGAAGGUGAUACCACCCAUGCUCGUGAUCAAGGAAAAGGGCAAGAGAAACCCUGUAGUGCCGCUCCACCAGUCAACACCGACCAAAAGGAAUGUUUCUCCUCCAUAUCGGAUGUGCUACUGAGCCAUGGCUACAAUCAGGAAGGGAAUCCUGUGGCUUGGGAUAUUAGCACUCAGGAUGGACGCUGGCUCCAGCGGAGAGAUCAGAAAAUGAGGCAGGGCACAAUAUUGUCAUCCUCCCAACCAAGUCUACGCAAACUCAACGAAGGGUGUCCCUAUGACCCCAGACGACCAAGUCCGUACAUCGACAAACCACACGCGGGGCAUCAACAGAGAAUAGCCUCCGAGCGACCACCAUGGCCUUCGAGUAGCCAUUAUGGGAGAAAUAAAGGCAGGAGCACACUUGUCCAAUCUCAGUCUGGCGAGAACAAGCCCACUCUGUCCAGAGUUGAAAGAGGUGUCCAGGCGCAGGCGCAGGCGCAAGACAUGUUAGCUGUUGAUGUGACGGAGAAAGGGGUUAAAUCGUGUGAGGCAGACAACUAUGAAAAUCGCAAAGUCACCCCUAGAGGUCCUAAUCACAAGCCAGCACGUCAGAGUCCGACAGAUACAAUCGGGUCUGACAUUCCAUGGGACGGAGACACUGAGGGUGGUCGCUGGCUCCGAUGGCGAGAUGCACGCAUUCGUGCAGGAAAAUGGCAGCUCCACCCAGACUCUCGGUAUGCAGAAAUCGACCUUGCGUUCCCGUACAAUCCGGAGAUGACACGGAAAGAACUAGAUGGAAUGAACAAACUAUUGCGGCGCUCCUACAAGCGAAGUAUUUACAGUACCAAACAGCGCCACCCCUUGUCUCGACACGUUGCGACAGACUCCUCCAGCAUCAAGCGCAACGAUCGAGCUUCAUCGUCUGGGUUGGGCCAGACAGCAGCGUCUGCAAUACAGACCGAUGCUAAGAAGUCAACCGAACACACAUUGGCAGCAGAAAAUGAUCCACAACCAUGCAGUCGCUCAGUUAUCUGCUCAAGUUCUUCUCUCAUCACUCCGGUGACAGACAAACCACCUCCGGCUGACAAUCGGGCUUCUCAUAAUAGCAUUUCCAAAACAGUGCCAACACCUACCCGAGAUGAUUCUCGAAACCCAGAUCUAGACUUUCUACGGUCCCAGCGACUCGCCUUCUUUUCAAAGACGAUGGAUCCGUCCGAGGGCGAGUCUGACCAAAAUAUUCCAUUGCACUCCAGACCAGCUAUCGCGAAUAACUCACCUGCUUUGUUCGAUCAACAGCCCCAAACACCUGUUGAAGUGGCGUGUGGCGCAAUUGGAAAUCCCUCUCACGAGAUGGGAAUGAAGGCCUUUUCUAAGAAGGCGAGCAACCCUUCUCACUUGGGCGACAACGAAUCGUGCUUGGAGAUAAUAGAGUCGGGAAAGAGCCAAGAUACGCAGAAUACCUCGCUUGAAGUCCCUGCCACAUUAUAUCCCUACGUCGACAGUAACGAACGACCAAGAGAUGAAGACCCCAAGAUUAUUCCUAUCCCUCGGCAUCUCGGCUUUCGUUUCGAUCCACGACAAUUGGAGGAUCUUGCUGUCAUUGCAAGAGGCGGCAAUGGAUGUGCAAGGGCAGGAGCCCAAUUCCACAUUGAAGAGGAGUACGAAUGGGGCGGCGGGGGGAUGAUGGGAUGGAAGACGAGCAGCGGACCGCAGCUUGCCAGUGUGAGUGGCCACCACACAACGUACGAGGCUGGCAAAGGGGAUGAACAGGGAUUGCUUGAGGAGCUUCCGAGGGAUGUGGACUGA